CCCGCUCUCCUUACCGCUACUGAACCAGAACAAACCGCUCUCCUUACCGCUACUGAACCAGAACAAACCACUCUCCCUACUGCUACUGAACCAGAACAAACCGCUCUCCUUACCGCUACUGAACCAGAACAAACCGCUCUUUUUACCGCUACAGAACCAGAACAAACCGCUCUUUUUACUGCUACAGAACCAGAACAAACCGCUCUUCGCAGAGUUUCCCGCAGCUGCUGAAGCAGCACUGCUGUGGUUUGGGUUCCUGCUCUGGCCCAUUUUGUGCUCAGAUUGAGGGUCAGGGGGUCAGGUGUUAGGGCGUGGGGAGCUCUCAGCGCCAUGCGGUGCGUUGGGGGCGUGGCCAGCCUCCUGGUGCUCAGCUCCGUCCUCCUGCGGUGUGGGGGGGCCAGCUGCCCCUCCCCCUGCCUCUGUGCCUCCGAUAUCCUGAGCUGUGGGGGGCGGAGCCUGGAGACGAUCCCCGCCCCCCUGCCCCCGCCCACCGCCACCCUGGACCUGAGUCACAACCGGCUGGAGCGGCUGGAGCCGGGGGGGGUUUUUGGGCUGCCCCGCCUGCGGGUGCUGCUCCUGUCCCACAACCAGCUGCGGGCGCUGGGCGGCGGAGCCUUCCGGAACGCCAGCGCGCUGCGGGUGCUGGACCUGAGCUGCAACGCGCUGCGCGUGCUGGACGGCCGCAGCCUGCAGGGGCUGCCCGCGCUGCAGGAGCUGCUGCUCUUCAGCAACCGGCUGGCCCGCGUGGAGAGCCACGCCCUGCUGCCGCUGCCCGCCCUGCGCCACGCCUACCUCAGCCACAACCGCCUCACCAGCUUCCCCUUCUUCUCCCUGCGCCACGCCCACCCCGGCCUGCUCACGCUCGACCUCUCCUCCAACCGGCUGCGGGCGCUGCCGCUGGCGGAGGUGGCGGCGCUGCCCGUGGCGCUGCGCGGCGGCCUGUUCCUGCACAACAACACGCUGGGCUGCCAGUGCGGCCUGCACCGCCUGCUGCGCGGCUGGGAGGGGCGGGGCUACGGCUCCGUGCGCCAUCACCGCGACGACCACACCUGCCUGCCGCUCGGCGAGCCGCGCACCCCAGUGCGGCUCCUCGGCCACGCCCCCUUCUUCCACAACUGCAGCGAGCCGGCGGCCGGCGAGGGUGGUGGGGCCAGGGCGGGGCUGCGGGCGCAGGUGGGCGAGCCCCUCCUGCUGCACUGUCUGACCGCGCUCAGGGGGCAGCACCUGGCCUACCUGUGGGUGUCGCCCCAGCAGGAGCACCUGGCCCCGCCCGGUAACGGCAGCCGGCAGGUGUUUGGCAACGGCACGCUGCGGAUGGGCGCGGUGCGGUCGGAGGACUCGGGCGUGUACCUGUGCGUGGCGCGGGACCCCGGGCGGCAGCAGAACGACACCUGGGAGGUGAACGUGACGGUGUCGGAGCGCUGGGGGGGCGGGGAGCGCUGGGGGGGCGGGGAGCCCUUUAAUGCCGGCUUCACCACGCUCCUGGGCUGCGCGGUCAGCCUGCUGCUGGUGCUCAUGUACCUGUUCCUCACACCCUGCCGCUGCUCCCGCCCCCCCGCCCCGCCUCCCGCCAACGAUGACCCCGCCCCCAGCCCUGCCCUACCGGCCCGGGAGGGGCCCGGACGCAGGCUGGGGAACAGUAAGCAUGUGAUGUUUCUGGAGCCCAUCAGGCGAGUGCAGAACGGCUCCUCCCCAACACCGCCCACGGGACCCCCCAAACACCCCCAGCAGAGGGACCACCCUGAGCCCAUCAGCACAGACUCCUCUGCGCCAUAGCAACAGCCAAGCAAACCCCGCAUGGGGGGUCCAUCCAGCAGCAAAUCACACAGGCACUGCUGGGGCAGGGAGAGCUGGGGGCGGGGCUUAGCUCGGCAGGGAGAGCUGGGGGCGGGGCUUAUCCAGGCAGGAAGAGCUGGGGGCGGG